AUGAGUGCCUCAGAGAACCUUCCAGAGAUCGACGAAGGACGGUACUCGCGACAACUCUAUGUGCUGGGCUAUGAGGCCAUGCAGAAGAUGGCUACAGCUGCUGUUCUGGUCUCUGGCAUGAAGGGGCUGGGUGUGGAGAUUGCCAAGAACAUCAUUCUUGCAGGAGUGAAAUCUGUCACUGUCCAUGACCAGCAUGAUGCUCAGUGGAGUGACCUCUCCUCGCAGUUCUACCUGUCCGAGAAAGAUGUGGGGCAGAAUCGAGCUGUGGUUUCACAGCGCCACCUUGCAGAACUGAACAGCUAUGUGCCUGUGAUACCCUACACUGAAGGGCUGUCUGAGAGCUUCUUGUCUGACUUCCAGGUUGUAGUCCUGACCAACUCACCCUUGGAGGAGCAGCUACGUAUCAAUGAUUUUUGCCACGCAAACAACAUCCGCUUUGUCCUUGCUGACACAAAGGGCCUGGCUGGGCAGCUCUUCUGUGAUUUUGGAGAAAACUUUGUGUUUUAUGAUGCUUCUGAGGCUGAACCUGUCUCUGCUGUCAUUCAGCACAUAACCCAGGGUAACCCUGGCGUGUUGACAGUGGCCCGGGAGGAUGAGCAGGGACAAGGCCACCAGUUUGAGGAUGGCGACUGGGUGACAUUCAGAGAGGUUGAAGGGAUGACUGAACUCAAUGACCGGGAGCCACAUCCAAUCCGUGUGGCUGGACAGUACAGCUUGGAGAUUGGGGAUACAUCUUCCUUUUCUCCAUAUAAAAGUGGUGGGAUCAUCACCCAAGUCGAGAUGCCUCAACAGCGCUCCUUUGAUUCCUUGUGCAUCUCCAUGAGAAGUCCCAAGAUCAAGACUCCUGAUGCAGGGGAAAUGUCUCGCUAUCAUACCCUUCACAUGGCCUUCUGGGCACUGCAUUUAUUCCAGAGCAAAAUGAAGCAUCUGCCUAGGCUGAAGAAUCAGGCAAAUGCAGAAGAGAUGGUGAAGCUAGCACAGACUCUAUCUUUGGAUCAGGAGCCCCUGGCUGAGGAUCUGGUACGGACAUUUGCAUAUGGAUGUACUGGUGACCUAAAUCCUAUCACGGCCUUCAUUGGAGCUGUAGCUGCCCAUGAGGUGCUGAAGGCAACCUCUGGGAAAUUCACUCCUCUGGACCAGUGGCUGUAUUUUGAUGCCUAUGAAUGCUUGCCUGAGGAGGACCAUGGUGUGUUGCUGACUGAGGAAAACUGCGCUCCACUCGACAGCCGCUAUGAUGGGCAAAUUGCCAUUUUUGGUGCUGACUUCCAGGAACGGCUUGGGAAGCAGAAAUACUUUGUGGUAGGAGCGGGUGCCAUUGGCUGUGAACUCUUGAAGAACUUUGCAAUGAUUGGCUUGGCUGCUGGUGAGGGUGGGAGCAUCACUGUGACAGACAUGGACACCAUUGAAUAUUCCAACCUCAACCGUCAGUUCCUCUAUCGACUGCAGGAUGUGUCUAAGCAGAAGUCAGAAGUGGCAGCAGCUGCCAUAAAGCUCAUGAAUCCCUAUGUCACUAUAACAGCUGAGCAAAAUCAGGUUGGGCCUGAUACUGAGUGCUACUAUGGAGAUGAAUUCUUCCUUGGCUUGGAUGGCGUAGCCACUGCCCUGGACAGCCUGCAAGCCAGAGCAUAUGUGGGUAAACGGUGCACACAGUACCGCAAGCCUCUGCUUGAUUCUGGAACGCUAGGCACCAGAGGACACGUUCAGGCCCUUGUGCCCUUUCUGACGGAGGCAUAUGGCCAUGCUGAGGACCAGGAUGAGGAAGAGUACCCUCUUUGCACCCUGCGUCACUUCCCCACUACCAUCCAGCACACCCUCCAGUGGGCCCGAGAUCAGUUUGAUGGUCUUUUCAGGAUGGCAGCAGAGACUGUCAACAAAUUUCUGGGGGAUCCCAGCUUCCUAGUGUCCCAAGAAGUGGAAGCUCUGGAGAUGUUCGAGCUGGUACAAGCCAGCCUUCAGGAGAAGCCACACAGCUGGAGGGACUGUGUGGCUUGGGCUCGAAGACUUUGGGAGCGACUUUUCUCUCACGAUAUUCAGCAGCUGCGGCACAACUUCCCACCUGACCAUAAGACAAUCUCUGGACUUCCUUUCUGGUCGGGACCCAAGCGAUGCCCUGAGAAGCUGGAUUUUAACUUUAGUAAUACCACCCAUGGGACCUUCCUUUUGGCAGCCAGCCGCCUCUUUGCUCAGAUGCACAGGCUGAAUGCACCAGCCGGAUGCGCCAGCCAGAUCCUCCUUGACUUUCGCCUACUACCUUUCCAGCCGCAAAAUGGAGUGCACAUCCCCAUCACGGACCAAGAGAUGCAGAGGUCACGGGGAACAGUUGAUGAAACAAGGCUGGCGGAGUUGAGGCAGGACUUGGCAAGGCUCAGGAGUGAGCUGGAGGAACAAGAUGCACUCCUCUCCUAUCGUAUGGAGCCCAUUCAUUUUGAGAAGGAUGAUGACAGCAACUAUCAUUUGGACUUCAUUGUAACUGCAGCCAAUCUGCGAGCUGAGAACUACGGCAUCCCUCCUGCUGAUAAACUCCAGGCUAAGAGGAUUGUGGGCAGGAUUGUACCCGCCAUUGCCACAACCACAGCUGCUGUUGCUGGCCUGGUGUGCCUGGAGCUGUACAAGCUAGUGUGGGGACACAGGAGUCUCAGCUCCUAUCGCAGCACUUUCCUGCGGCUCUCGGAGUCUCUCCUCCAGCGAUGCCAGCCCUGUUCACCCCAGCCAACAUACGAGUAUCACCAGAGGACGUGGAGCUGCUGGGAAAGAUUUGAAGUGCCAGGAGUUGAUGGCAACGGAGAAGAGAUCACCCUGAAGGGCCUCUGUGAUCAUCUCCAGAGAGAGCACAGCCUGGUGCCACAAAUGCUGCUGUAUGGGAAAGCUAUGAUUUAUGCUGGAUUCUGGGCAGAAGAGAAAAGAGAAAAACAGCUUUCCAGCAGACUGACAGAACUGGUUUGCCGUUUGGUGUCCAAGGACUGCUGGCUGUUGGUGUUCGAAAUUGUCUGUGAAAAUGAAGAGGACGGCAAAGACUUACCACCUGUUCAUGUUUGGCUCCAUCCAGUGAACAGGAAAGAAUGAGUAACUUGUA